UGUGCUGAAAAGCAGAGAAGGAAAACAGGUUGUUCCAACUUUCUCCCACAGUGAAGGCAUUUUUUUACAGCAGGCAGGGCUGGGUCUGUGUGCUCACACACAAGAAAAAUGAAAUAAUUUGUUGCCUUCUGGAAAAGCCGGAAUUGUGCAACCCUGCUGUUUAUUGCAUCUGUUGAUGGUUGUAAUUCCUGUCAGCCCUUUGUUUCCGGAAACAGCCGAGUCCCAGGUCAUCAGACAACUUUUCUGAUGGGAAUAUUUUGCUACUUGGAUGUAUUGGGGCUGGAAGACCGAGGUGGUUUUGACGUGGCUGUGACGGUGCGUUGCUCUUCUGACAACUGACUCCUCCAACUCCAGAGCCAAAUCCGUAGGUACCUCAGCCUCGCAGGGAUCCUUUUGCCGGGCAGCCCGCGUCCUCUGCCGGGUGAUGGAUGGCGGCGGGGCCGGGGCCGUGAGCGGGCAGAGCGCCGUGGCCGCGCUGCUGCAGCAGUGCCAGCGGGCCCUGGACACCGAGCUCCUGCCGGCGCCGGGCGAGGCGGAGCAGCGGGAAUACCGGCGCUGCCAAGCCCUGCUUCCUGAGGAGCUGAGGAGCCUGCUGGAGGAGGCCAAGGAAAUGAAGUGGCCCUUUGUGCCGGAGAGGUGGCAGUACAAACAAGAGCUGGGCCCAGAAGACAAAACAAACCUGCAAGAUAUGAUCAGCGCCAGGCUCCCUGACUUGCUGGCUUUCCUGAAGGCCUCCAUCGUGGUCGGGGACAGCAGCACGGCCACGGCCGUGGUGUUCCUGCUGGACCGCCUGCUGUACUGGCUGGACGCCUCCGGGCGGCUGCUGCGGCUGGCCAAGGGGCUGCACCGCCUGCAUCCCGCCGCUCCCAUCAGCCCGCAGCUGCUCAUCCGCCAGGCUCGCCUCGCCGUCAACGCAGGUAAACUUUUAAAAGCUGAGUAUAUCCUGAGCAGCCUGAUUAAUGACAAUGGAGCAACGGGAACGUGGCGAUACGCCGAGGAGAGCGAUCGGGUUCUCGUUCAGGCAGUCUGCCUGCAAAUCAGGGGACAGAUCCUGCAAAAACUUGGGAUGUGGUACGAGGCGGCAGAGUUGGUCUGGGCUUCAGUCGUGGGAUACUUCCAGCUUCCUCAGCCAGAUAAAAAGGGAAUUGCCACAUCCUUGGGUAUUAUGGCAGACAUCUUUGCUUCCAUGAAUGAGCAGGAUUAUGCACGCUUCAAAACCAGUGCUGACAUCGACCUGAGCCUCCUGCAGGAGUUCGACCACCGCUUGCUAUCGGCGGCCGAGGCCUGCAAGCUGGCAGCUGCCUACAGCCAGUACACCCCCCUGUUUGUCCUCACGGCCGUGAACAUCCGUGGCAUGUGUCUGCUGUCCUACAGCCACUCCAAGGACUGUCCCCCGGAAAAGAGAGAGUUCUACUUGUGCGAAGCCAAGGAAUCCUUUGAGGUGGGGCUCCUCACCAAGGAGGAGCAGAGUGCCGUCACCAGCAGGCAGGAGCUGCACAGUUUCAUCAAAGCCGCCUUCUGCCUCGCCACCGUGCACCGCUGGCUCUACGGGGAGAGCCAGGAGCUCCGUGAGGUCACCCGGCUGAGCAGGGAAGCCCUGGGGAAGCUGCACUCCUACAGCACCUCCUUCCCAGAGGAGGAAGAUAAGGGCAUGCUUGCCAAAGAGAUCAUGUCUCUGAUUGCAGCCGUGAGGAGGCGCCUGCGGGUGGGAGGCUUCCCGAAUUCCGACCCCAGGUCUUACGUCCCAGACAGUUAUAAAGGCUCGGUACAAAAACCUGUCCUGCGAGGGGAAGCCAGCUUCGAGAAAAUCCUUGCCAAGCAUUCCCAGCACCACCUGUCAGUGUGCCAAGUGUUUGAAAAAACUUGCAGGAUUCAUAAAACCGCACCGGGAGAGAUCCAGGUGGGAGCUUGUAUCACGACCCUAAGAACAGAGACCAAAACCGUGGACACCGUGUGUACUGCUGAAGACACGGUUCCCCAGAGGAGUGGUGCUGUGAAAAUCCUGGGCUCACCAACAGCAGGAAGCCGCUCGGAGGGACUCGGUGGCCGAAGAAAUCAAGACAUUGGCUCUGGUGUGAUGAAAAUUUCCUUGGAAGAAGAGAUGGAGCCGUUAGAAAUUCAAACAAACAGCGGAAAAGACGUUUUCAGCAGAGGGCAAGACGGGAGCCAAAGCACUACUUCUGAGAACUCUUGGUGCAAGCUGUCCAAAUCCAGUUACUCUUCCAGCUGGGAGGAGCUGAGUUGCAAUAGCAGCAGAGAGUCUCUCAGGGACGGGCAGCAAGGGGAGAAGGGCUCCGUGGAGGAGCAGUGCUGCACCACAGAACUCGAUGGAAACAGCCAGCACACACCCCUGUGCUCCUUACCUCCCAGAGCCUGGCAUCCUGCUCCUCGGGAGCCCCUCCGUGGCUCCGGGGGGUCUCCUCAGCAUUCCUUCGAGGGGUGUGCCCCUCGAGCAGGGAGGAUGGUGGAGAAGGAGCCUCUCUGCGGAGGAGAGCUGCGGCAGGGAAGACAGCAUGGAAGGAGCGCCUCAAAAGAGAAAACAAAGGGCUUGAACGAUGAGUUUCCUUCCCUCUCCAUCCCUUACUCCAUUCCUACAGGGCAGGAGAAGUCCUUUUCCUGUGCAGAGCUGAGCUGCAGGACCAAGGACAGCAGCAGGGAGGACAGCGUCGGUCGCUUUGAGCGGCUCCACCCGGGAGAACCCGCAGACAGCACCGAGGAUCCCUCGUGUGAGGCACAGCCCCCCCAGGACAGGGGCACUUCUGCACCGUCAGCAAACAUCGGGCCGAAAACGAGCAGUGACUCCCGUGUGCCUGGCUGGGGGAGGAAACCCGCCAUGCUGGGGAACAGAUCUCUGCAGGCGCCUCAAGUCGACAGCCAGGCAGAAACAGAAGAUGGCACCGAGUUUGAGCUCGUCAGCGUGGGAGACUUGGUACGGGACUGUCCUGCAGCGCUGGCUCCAAAGCACAAAGCAGCUCCCCGUGUGCCAGCAGCUUUGCCCUCCCUAGGAAAGAUAUCCACCACCAAGCACUUUGACUGCGCCACUACGGAGGAAGAGGAGGAGAAGUCUCAGGAUGUGGCGGGCAGCAAGGGACAAUCCAGUUCCUCUCUGAGUUCGUGGGUCACGUCAGCGCCGAUGGCCACGAGCUCCCCUGCAGGCUCGGUCCCGAGGGGAAGUGGCUUUGCCUUGACGCCUGGCAGAGUGAAGGAGGAGGUCCUGGAAGCUCGCUUUCUGAGGGAUGAUGAUUACAGGCAGCUUCUGGCAGGGGUGGAGCAUCAUUGGCUUGUCCAGAGACUGAUGCCUACCGGGAUCUUCAGGAGCAAAGAGCUUCACAAAGCGUACUCUGCUCUUCUUCUGAAAUACUCCAAGAAAUCGGGGCUGUGGACAGGCCAGGAGACAGCUGUGUUCAUCGGGGACUACCUGAACGUGGCCAAGGAAGGCAAGCAGAGAAACGCCUUUUGGAUACACUUCCUGCACCAAGAAGAAAGCCUGGGAAGGUAUGUUGGGAAGGAAUAUAAAGAGGAAAAAGGGCUCCUCCAUCAUUUCAGCGACGUGGAGCGACAGAUGACCGCCCAGUACUACGUGACAGAGUUCAACAAGAGGCUGUACGAGCAGAAGGUCCCUACCCAAAUCUUUUACAUCCCCUCUGCAGUACUGCUGAUACUGGAAGACAGAACUAUAAAAGGCUGUGUGAGUGUGGAGCCCUACAUCCUGGGGGAGUUUGUGAAGCUGUCCAACAACACCAGGGUGGUGAAGAAUGAGUACAAAGCCACGGAGUACGGUCUGGCUUACGGCCACUUCUGCUACGAGUUCUCCCAGGGAACCGACGUGGUCGUCGACCUUCAGGGUUGGGUGACAGGUAACGGGAAAGGCCUCAUCUACCUCACAGACCCCCAGAUUCACUCCCUUAAUAGCAAGGACUCACGCUCCAACUUUGGGAAGAAAGGAAUCUACUACUUUUUUAACGAUCAACACGUGGAGUGCAACGAGAUCUGUAGCUGCCUGUCCUUGACAAGGCCCUCGGUGGAGCUGCUGGUCUAGACUGGCACAGGUGAUUCCGCAGCAUGACCUGUGAGCUGGACACUGUUUUACCCUACACAUCCCUGGGAGCAGCUUGUCCAGCACGGCAGUGAAAAGCUGCCUUCUUUUCCCAUUCUCCUCUUCCCCCCCAAAGCCCCGAUGUCCCGCUGCCCCCGAGCGCUGGGAUCAUUUCUUUGGGGGAGAUUUUCUCGAUGAGAAAGGGGGCAUGGCAUCAAAGUUCCACAAAAAAGAUGGGUCCCCGAUAGACUUUGCUUUAACAAAACCAUCCCCUUUUGUUUCUGCAGCCAGCAGAGGUUUUUAGGCUUUUGUCCCCGCGUUUUAGCAAUGCCAUUGUUUUCUAGGUGAUGUUUGUGCCGAGUUGUUUGGAAAGAUGCCCUAUCCCUGGGCCAACUGAUUAGAACUAGGUGUAAAGAGGGAGAAGGAAGAGGGGAGGGGAAAAAAAAAUUAAAUCUCUUUAUUAUGGUGCAUAAACCUUCAGUCUUGGGGAGCUGCGCAGCUGCGCGGGGAGAAAAAAUGCAUUCAAAAAUAUAAUGCCAGUGUGAAUAAUCCUUUCCCGAGCGCUGCUCGCAGACUGCUCCAGCUUUGUCAGGUGAACUUGAACCGGGCCAUCAGAUUUGCGGCCGUUCCCAUUGCACACUGUCUGUCACCCCGGGGCAUUCAGCAUCUUGCCUGUUGUUAAGAGCCAGCGAACAAUCCAUCAUUGAGCCGGGCAGUCGCCGGCUGACACGGCGGUGAAAUCGGCAUGCGACGGGACACUCGGCCCCAGUGUCUCGCAGAUUAAAGUGAUACAUGGAAACUCACGUGUUACCGGGAAGAUUAAGCCCGUUAUCUUGUUGUGCGGCCAAUAAAGGCCGGCCUUGUCCUCGCUCGGCAGCGGGGAAAUGCUGGCUCGAAGCGAGUGACGAGCGCCGCGCCCGCAUAGCUCCGCGCUCCGGCCAGCGAGCGCAGCCGGGCUCCGCAGGGCAAACAAAGCUAGUUAGCGAGAUCCCGGGAAUUAAUGGGCGGCGGAGCUGCUGUGUUAAAACCUCCCUGCAGAGGCUUGCCCUGCUUUAUGGGGACAAUUAAAAACCGAAACAAAACCUCUCUCUGCACAGCAAAGUGUCCUAACGCGCUGCCAGCAGACAGCACACGCAGUUUUGGGAGCCCUGACCAGUCAGGCGUUUUCCACCCCUUCCUGCUCAAAGGAAGGAAAAGAAAAUUUAUUUAGACGUGUUUCUGGAUAAAUCCAUCUCUAUGCAAUUUUAGUAUUUUUCUCUCUUCCUAAUAUUUCCACCUGGCGGCUUAUUUCUUUUGCUGGUUUUUGGAGACGUUGUGCCACCUCAGCCACGGUUAUGGCUAUCACAGGCAAAAGUUAGGGUGGAGGAUCAGCUUGUUCAGUUCCCUGUUAAAACAGACAUGGAGUCAUGUUCUACUGGUCUUACUCUUCACAGGAUUGGGCACAAAUUCAGAUGUAUCAGGCAGUUUGUCUUCAAUCCAAGCUUGGAUACUGGGAAUUUUGGAUUUACAGCCUGAGCGCCUGAAGAACUGGGGCUCUCCACAAACAUGGCUCCAAACACACAGAGUUUAAGUUAUUGGCUGCUAUUUGUGGUGUAGGUAGGGGAUUAUUGAGGAAAAAAAAAGUUGACUCUGAGAAUGGAGAAUUUAAUGUUUUGGAUGUAAAUUUCAUCGUAGAGCUACUGACAAAAAACAAAUUGCUGCUAUUUCCUCUGGUAUCAGAAUAAAGUGAUCUGAACUAACUGAGACACCAGGAAUACUUUGUCCUUUUUUAAUUAGAAAUUGGAAGUUUUUAUUGGAGAUCCAGUGGUUUGUAUCAAGUAACUUGCUACCGAGAUGCUUUUUUUGGGCUUGAUUAAUUGUAGUUUUCUCUAAAUU